UCUUGCUCUUCUCCCUCCUCCUCGCGGGUGGAAUUCUUUGUUUACCUCUCCCUGCCGCAAACAUGGCCGAGUACGACCUGACGUCGAAGCUUGGUCCUUAUUUGGACCGGCACCUCGUCUUUCCUUUGAUGGAAUUUUUAUCCGUGAAAGCGAUAUAUGAUGUGACGGACCUGCUGCGUGCCAAGUUAGAACUGCUGACAUACACAAAUAUGGUGGAUUUUGCCACUGAUGUCCAAAAAACGCUUUACCCUGAUCAGCCUAUUCCUGAUGAACUUCCAGAACGCAGAUUAGCUGUCGUUUCAGAUUUAAAACGUCUCCAGAAUGAAACUGAACCUAUUUUCAAAAUAUUCAGUGACAGCGAAGUACAGAAACAGCUGCAAACAUCUCGAGAUCAUCGAACACUGAUGCAAUUCCUUAUAGACAAUCAUGAUUUCCGCCCAGAGAUGUUAGACACACUGUAUGCCUUUGCAAAGUUUCAAUACGAGUGUGGCAACUAUUCUGGGGCGGCUGAUUAUCUAUAUCUUCACCGUGGUCUUGUACCUGUCAGUGACAAGAACUUUCUGAAUGGUUUAUGGGGAAAGUUGGCUUCUGAAAUUUUGACGCAGAAUUGGGAAAAUGCUCUCGAGGACCUGAAUCGUUUGAAGGAAUUCAUUGAGAGCAAUCUCACCACCUCUCCCCUGCAAGCACUUCAGCAACGUACUUGGCUUAUUCACUGGUCUCUUUUUGUAUUCUUCAAUCAUAACAAAGGGCGGGAAUUGAUCAUCGAGAUGUUUUUGUACCAGCAGCCAUAUUUGAAUGCUCUUCAGACUAUGUGUCCUCAUGUUUUGAGAUAUUUGGCAACUGCAGUUGUUAUAAACAAGAACAGCAGAAGGGCUGCUAUGAAGGACUUGGUUCGGGUCAUUCAGCAAGAGAAUUACACUUACAAAGAUCCAAUCACUGAGUUCUUGGCCCAUCUGUAUGUUGAUUUUGACUUUGAUGCAGCCCAGGAAAAACUACAGCAGUGUGCAACAGUUUUAGAAAAUGAUUUCUUCUUGGUAGCAUGUCAAAAUGACUUCAUUGAAAAUGCCAGGUUGAUGAUCUUUGAGUUGUUCUGCAGGAUCCAUCAGUGUAUCAGUAUAAAUAUGUUGGCUGAGAAGUUGAACAUGACCCCCAAGGAUGCUGAACGAUGGAUUGUGAAUCUCAUUCGGCAAGCCAAAUUAGAUGCAAAGAUAGAUUCCCAGCAAGGCCACGUAGUUAUGGGUACACAAGCAGUAUCGCCUUAUCAGCAGUUGAUAGAAAAGACAAAAACCCUAAGUUUCAGGACACAAAUGCUUGCCAUCAAUGUUGAGAAGAAAGCUACUGCUAGGUACAACGAGGGACCAAGCUGGGCUGUUCAGAGUUGAAAGUAAGAGACAUCUUUUAUCUAACAAAUCUUAUUAAAUAUUGGUGAAAAAAAGUAUUUCCUUGUAUUUGAUUACUGCAAUUUUAACAAAUAAAUUGAGUGACAAA